CCAACACCUCGUCUCCCUCCUCCAGCGCCUCUCAAGCCCGCUGUCUACCCAUCUCCCAUAUUCCGUGGUGUUCCCACCCUCGCGACACACUGCAAUGCAGUGAAUCCGUUUCUGCCGGGAGCUCCUGAGUGUCUGGUAAUCUAGGCCCGCACCAACCACCAUGGCCAUCACGUCGGUGCAGCCGGUCGUCCCGACCCGGCUCGCGAUCAAUUCUUCAGAGAGGAGCGUCGCGAAGCCCGCUCCGAAGGGGUACGAGGUGCACGACCAUCCGUUCAAGGGCUACCACGCCCCCCAGCCGGAGGGCUACGCAAAGAGCAAGGGCACCAGCGCCAUCGUCAUCGACAAUGGCUCGAAUCUGGUCAAGGCCGGCUGGUCGUUUGACAAGUCCCCCCGUUUCGUCAUCCCCCCUGUGAUGAGCCGGUAUCGCGAUCGGAAAAUCAACAAACCCUACCAGUUCAUCGGAUACGAUUCCUACGUCGAUGCUACUUCGCGCGGACAGCUGCGCUAUGCUUUUGACCCGGGCUCCAGCGUGGUGGGCAACUGGGAUGUCAUGGAGGGCGUGCUGGACUACCUGUUCAUCAAGCUGGGGGUUGACGGCGAUAGCAGUGGAGGUAUUGACCGGCCCGUUGUCAUGACGGAGCCGAUCGCGAACCUCAGCUAUCCCCGGAAGAUGAUGAACGAGAUCCUGUUCGAGUGCUACUCCGCACCGUCGGUCGCCUACGGAAUCGACUCCCUCUUCUCGUACCGGUACAACCGCGGAAAGGACGGGCUGAUCGUCUCGUCCUCGCACACGUCGACCCACGUGAUCCCGGUCCUGAACAACAAGGCGCUGCUGUCCAACUGCUCGCGCCUGAACUGGGGCGGACUGCACGCCUCCGAGUACCUGCUGAAGCUAAUGCGGCUGAAAUACCCGACCUUCCCGCAGAAGAUGACCGAGAGUCAGAUGGAGGAUCUCGUGCACAAGCAUUGCUAUAUCUCUAAGGACUACGACCAGGAACUGAGUCGCUACCUGGACUGGACGGGGCUUGAGGAGCGGGACUGCAUCGUGCAGUACCCUUACACAGAGCAUGUGGUGCCGGAGAAGACGGAGGAAGAGCUGGCGCGCAUUGCGGAGCGGAAGAAGGAGAGCGGACGUCGACUGCAAGAGCAAGCCGCGAAGAUGCGGCUGGAGAAGCUGAUGAAGAAGGAGCAGGAACUAGAGUACUACAAGGAUCUACAACGCGGGCUCGCGUCCGAGACGAAGAAGGAAAUGCGGCGCAUCCUGGAGGCCGAGGACUUGAAGGAUGAGGCGCAUCUGGAUCGGCUGGUCCGGGACCUGGAGCGGUCCAUCAAGCGGUCUCGGAACCGGGAUCUGGGGAUCGAGGAAGCCGAAGAGCCCCAGGAGGAGAUGUCGUUCCCGUUGUUGGACGUUCCUGACGAGGAGCUGGACGAGGCCGGGCUCAAGGAGAAGCGCCACCAGCGACUGAUGAAGUCCAACGUGGACGCUCGGCAACGUGCCAAGGACGAGAAGGAGCGCGAGAAGGCCCGUCGGGAGGAGGAAGAGCGACUCGACCGCGAGAAGCGCGAGAACGAUUUCGACAAUUGGCUGGCUCAACGACGGGCGAACCGACAGAACAUCCUCCAAAAGAUUAAGGAGCGCGAUCGGUUCAAGGCGGACCUCGGCAACCGCAAGUCGCUGGCCAGUCAGAUGCGCAUGAAGACGCUGGCGAAUCUGGCGGCGGACGGCCCCAAAAAGCGGCGACGAGGCGGCGACGACGACAACUUCGGCGCCAACGACGACGACUGGGGCGUGUACCGGACGGUAGCGACGGGCGAGCAAAGCGACGAAGAGGAGGAAGAGGAUCUCGGCGGGAUGCUGGACGCGGCGGAGAAGGAACUCCUGGAGCACGAUCCGGAUUUCACGGAGAACCACACGCUUGCCGCGCAAUCCGACUGGACCAAGAGCCUGGUGCACGUCUUCCUGCGGGGGCCGUGGCCGUUCGACCCGGAGAGCCAGCGCGAGGCUCACCAGCUGCACCUGAACGUGGAGCGGAUCCGCGUGCCGGAGGUGGUGUUCAAGCCGUCGAUUGCCGGGAUCGACCAGGCCGGGCUGCUGGAGGUGGCGGGCGACGUCGUCAACCAGCGCUUCUCGAACCCGGCUGAACAGGCCAAGCUGCUGCGCGACGUCUUCCUGACGGGCGGCAACACCCUGUUCCAGAACUUCGACGAGCGCUUCCGCAACGACUUCCCUGCCUUUUUGCCGGUGGACUCGCAGCUCAAGGUGCGGCGCGCGGCCGACCCGGUCCUCGACGCCUGGAAGGGCGCCGCGCAGUGGGCCUCGGGCGCGGAACUGGCCCGCUCGUCCAUCACACGGCAGGAGUAUAUGGAGAAGGGCAGCGAAUACCUCAAGGAACACGAUUUGGGCAAUGUCACCACGUGGUAGGCUGACUGUCUCAUCGCGUCCGGAUCCUUCCGGACCAUGGACAGAAUCCGUCUUCCACUGGACGUCUGUCUACCAGGUAAAAGGCACGAGGGUGCCGUAGUAGCUUAGGAUGGUGUCCACGGCGCGAGGGAGGGAGUCCGGCGUACGCGAACUGAGCUCGGAGGGAAUCACACCCACUGUCCUAUCCGAGCGAGCUAUGAUUUGAUCGAGAUGGCAUGUUUUGUUUUCUUUGUGUCUCUUGUCCGUUUCGUCAUGUCUACGGUUGUACAGUAGCCCAUCAAUCAAUCAAUCAAUCAAUCAAUCAAUCAUAUUCCCC